AUGUUGCACUCAGACCACCCCAAGCAGUCGCGCUUUUUGACGCCUUUUGUUAUUUUUCCAUUGUUUACGUUACUGACGUUGGUACUGUUGUACGCCGCAGGCUACUUCAUUGGUUUGUCACGGUACCAUUCACUUACGAGGGAUGAGCACGCUUUAGAUGCGGAUGGGCGUGACUCACGGUGUGUUUCGCAACAAGAGAUGUUGAGGAACACUCAUAAGGUGGCUGCGGGGACACUUAAGCGCCUGAAAGAGGAUCGUGAUGAGCUAAAGAAGAAACUUAAACUCCUUGAGGAAGGAAAGGGCCGCACUGGGGAGCCGGCGGCGUCAUGUGGAGGAAAAGAUGCGACCUCCAACAAUGGUGAAGGUCCGUCGGUUAAUGACGGAGGAGGAAAUAUGACUGGUAGCGCCGCCGUGAGUCUCCAACGGGCGGCCAAUCUAAUUGACAGUCUUACACACCAAACGGAAAGUUGGUUGAAAAAGGCAGCUGAUACGACACCGUCAUUGGCAGCGUGUAACAAAUCCCCAAGGCGAUACAGUGUUGUGUUUGACGCUGGUAGCACUGGCAGUCGUGUGCACGUUUACAGGUAUAACUUGACCUCAAACCCAUACGAUAACAUAGAUUCUGCACCAAAUGGUGCGCAUGCCUCGUUGCUACCCUACUUGAAGCUGGAAGAUGAACUCUUCAUUGAGAACCACGAGCCGCUGUCGGGGUUUAGCGAUCCCAGAGGAGCUGCUGCCUCUUUGGUGCCGUUACUCGACGCAGCAAAAGCCCGUGUACCAACAGAUAUGCACGCGUGUGUAGGUAUUGAACUGAAAGCGACCGCAGGGCUGCGACGCAUUGGUGCAGAACAGGCCGGGAGAGUGCUGGACGCCGUUCGUCGUGAGUUCCAGAAGGGGCCGUUUUGGGUCCACUCGGAGCUUGGGUCUGUGAGAAUCCUUGAGGGACGUGAGGAGGGACCGCUAGCGUGGCUCACGGUUAACUUCCUCAUCGGGAGCCUAAGUGGUACCAAGGAAACGGCUACUAUACUUGACCUUGGCGGAGGCUCCACGCAGGUUGUAAUGCGGCCGAAUGACCCAGAGGUGCUUGAGGGCCACGAGGAGUUCACAGACACGUUUGCCAUCAAUGGCAAGUCGAUAAAGCUGUAUCAGCACAGCUACGAGGGUAAUGGAUUGAACGCCGCGAGAGAGCAACUCCUAGCUUCUGUGGCGACUUCGGUGGCAACCGGGGGGACAACUACUGCCGCAAAGUCCGGUCCACUACGUGCUUUUCCAUGCUUUCCACAAGGAUAUGCUCAUGAGAAGAGUGGAGUUUCCAACGGUGUGGGAGGAGGAGGUGUAACACCAUCCAUGGAGGAGUGUGUAGCUCUCUUCCGGAAACAUGUGGUUCGCUCCGGUGGCGAGUGUAGUAGCAAAAGCUGUGGCUUUAAUGGUGUUUUUCAGCCCGAUGUGCGAACUGCAGUAUCUGGACCCGUGUAUGCAUUCUCAUUCUACCACGACCUCUUGAGGCCCCACAUGACAGCAGGAACAACAGUCAUCCGUCUGCAGGAUAUCAUCGGUAUCGCGAGCCAGGUUUGCAAGUCGAUGAAAUCGGUGGAGCAACUCCGUCGUGAAAAUAAGGGGAAGGUAAGUGUUCACCCCUCGCUGAGGCCUGAAUUGGAGUGUCUACAUCUGUCCUACGUAGUUGCGUUGCUGCGCGAUGGGUUUCAUUACCCUCUUGAUCAGGAGCUUCACAUCGCCAAGAAAAUUGACGGUUACGAGACGGCGUGGACGCUCGGCGCCUCACUUGUCAGCUUAGAGGAGCACUGUGUGUGA